AUGCUGACUAACGACCCACCCUCCCGCCGCGAGCAGCCUGCUCGAGCUUCAGAGGAGCGGCACAUCCGCCAAUUGAAUGCUCAAUAUCCGGACAGACCGGGCUACCAGAGCGGCAGGGCCCUUUGUAAUGUAGAUUCUUCUUUGGCCAUGGAGUAUCGUACCUCACUGCUUCUCCUUGCUUUGAGUGCUGCAUACUCUGCUGCCUCAGCAUCAUCCCUCGAGAACAAAGACUCUGCGAACCCUACCGUUCUACUCGACAAUGGCACGUUCGUAGGACUGUACGAAGGGCACGUCUCGGCCUUCCGAGGGAUCCCUUUCGCCCAACCGCCUAUAGGCGAUUUGCGCUUCCGCCUUCCCGUCGCAAGCGACCCGUACAGUGGCGAAUACGAUGCUUCAGUUUAUGGCGACUCUUGUAUCCAGCAAGUCUACAACGUGACUGAUGCUUCCGAUCAAAACCCUACCGCAGUCGAGAUUCUUCAAAGCACACUCGCCGCUUUCACUCCGAAUGUUACGGACAGCGAAGAUUGUCUGACUAUCAACGUGCACACUCCUGCAAAUGUGACAGCGGACCCUCAGCUUCCUGUCGUAUACUGGAUAUAUGGUGGCGGGUUUCAAGGUGGCACUUCGGCCGCCAAUAAUGGGUCCAUCAUCGUCGAAAGGUCCAUUGAACUCGACGAGCCCGUUGUUUACGUUUCGGUCAACUACAGGUUGUCAGCGUUGGGCUUCCCAGGCAGCUCGGAAGUGCGCGAGGCGGGUAUCGGCAACCUCGGAUUGCACGAUCAACGUUUGGGCAUGCAUUGGGUGCAGAAGUACAUCUCCUCUUUCGGCGGAGACCCUAAGAAGGUCACCAUUUGGGGCCAGAGUGCUGGAGCUAUCUCGGUCGGCUCGCACAUGCUGGCAUACAACGGGAGGGACGAAGGCCUGUUCCGUGGCGCGUUCUUGCAAUCAGGUGGAUCUUCACCUGCGGGAGCUCUCGAAGACGCCCAGCCGUUCUUCGACAAGUUUGCUAUCGACGCGGGCUGUGGAGAUUCCUUGGGGUCCGUCGCCGUAUUCGAUUGUCUCCGCAAUGCAUCCACUGCUGCCAUCCGGUUCGCCGUACAAGCGUCGGAGAACCUAUUUGGCUAUUCAAGUGUCUCGCUUCCAUGGAAGCCUCGCGAGGACGGCGUCUUCUUGACGGCCCCUCCCGAGCAGCUGGUUCGCGAUGGUUCGGUGGUGGAUGUGCCAUUCGUUACAGGUGAUUGUGACGAUGAAGGUACACUAUUCGCCCUGAGCAACACUAACAUCACAACGAGCGACGAGCUUCGCGAGUACUUGAAAGAGUUCUACUUCCCAGCAGCGAACUACACAGCCAUCGACGACAUCCUUUCCAGUUACCCUGAUGAUCCAGCGCUCGGUUCGCCUUUCGAUACCGGGCUCAACAACUCCCUCACUCCGGAGUACAAGCGCGUAUCUGCUAUACUGGGCGACCAUCUCUUCCAGGCCCCUCGCCGCCUUCUGCUCACUGAGCGGUCAGGGAACUCUAGUGCCUUCUCGUAUCUGUAUAAGAGGGACAAGUCUACACCAUAUCUUGGAACACUUCACGGCGACGAUCUCGUCGGGAUUUACGCGCCAAACGACUUGACGGACGUACUCAUCAACUUCGCUACCAAUCUGGACCCCAAUGGGAAGACAGUGAUUGACUGGCCAGCCUAUACGGUCGAUUCUCCUGCGCUCUUGACGCUCAGUGACGGAAAUAUCACUCAGUCGCUUACGAACGACACGUACCGCGUAAAGGGCAUGCUCGCGCUUCUUAACGCGUCUCUAGCUUCUCCGUACUAG